AUGGAGCUCGUUGGCUCAUCCUUAUCGGCGGCCCGUGCCCACGUGCGAUCGACCCCCACCAACCUCCUGCCUGCCAUCAGCACCAUGACUUCCAGCUACAAGAACCGUUUCCCCUAUUAUCCCCUGCCCCAGACACUCAGCCUGCCCUGGCUGCCCAGCUCCUACUACAGGACGGCUACCAACCACCCCAUGUUGGCUCCUUUCUCCAGCGGCUCUCAGGGGCUGACUCCCAGCAAGAUGCUCCCAUUCGUGUCCAACAGAACGUCCCUCUUCACCCGUUACACCCCGGACGACUGGUACCGCUCCAACCUGACCAACUAUAGGGAGUCGGAGACCUCACGGCACAACUCGGAGAGCCUCAGGGUCGACACCUCCCGCCUGAUCCAGGACAAGCACCAGCAGACGAAGAAAACCCAAAUGGAGAGCACCAAGAAUCUGGGAGAACGUGUCAAUGACAUUGAGUUCUGGAAGUCGGAGCUCUGCCAUGAGCUGGAUGAGAUGAUCGGGGAGACCAACGCACUCACAGACAUGAAGAAGCGACUGGAAAGAGCCUUGGCAGAGACAGAGGCCCCUCUGCAGGUUGCUCAGGAGUGCUUGCUUCACCGGGAGAAGAGGAUGGGCAUUGACCUAGUCCAUGACAACGUGGAGAAACAGCUCUUCACAGAGGUGGAUGUGAUCAGAUCGUGCCAGGAGAGGAUGCAGCGCUACCUGGACAGAGCCAAAGCCCAGCUUGCGUCCAACAGAGCAGCCCAGCACGAGGUGGAAAGGGACCUGGCUGACAAGCAGACAGCCCACCGCAUCGACGGCAAGUGCCACCACCUGCGGAACACCUCCGAUGGCAUCAGCUACUACCGCGGCGUGGAGCGGGUGGAUGCCACCAUCUCAGUGCCAGACUCGUGGGCCAAGUUCACGGAUGACAACAUCCUGCGCUCCCAGAGUGAGCGGGCAGCCUCAGCCAAGCUGCGGGAGGACAUCGAGAACCUGCUGGUGGUGACUGCCAAUGAGAUGUGGAACCAGUUCAACGCCGUCAACGUCGCCUUCACCAACCGCAUCGCUGAGACUGCCGACGCCAAGAGCAAGAUCCAGACACACCUGGCCAAGACACUGCAGGAAAUCUUCCAGAUUGAGAUCAGCAUAGAAAGCAUCCGUAAAGCCAUCAGGGACAAAGUGCCUCCACUGAAAGUGGCUCAGACCAGGCUGGAUGAACGCACGCGGAGACCCAACGUGGAGCUGUGCCGGGACAGUGCCCAGCUGCGCCUCGUCAAUGAGGUCCAUGAUCUUGAUGAGACCAUCCAGAGCCUGCAGCAGCGGCUGAGGGAUGCUGAGGACACGCUGCAGACACUGGUGCGGGCCAAGGCUGUCCUGGAGCACGACCUGGCUGUCAAAGCCAACUCUCUCUUCAUCGAUCAGGAGAAGUGCAUGGGGAUGCGCAGGACCUUCCCCUGCACUGCACGGCUGGUGGGCUUCGUCUAG